GUAGUACGUUAGUCGAUUGCUAUACUCCUUGCAAAACAGGUAUGCGAUCAUUGACGAACAGGUCGAACUGCGUCGAGCUCUUGUGGAACGGGCCGAAUGUUACAAAUUUCUCCUAAUACUACUGCAGAGUGCGAGACACACAAUAAAGAAGGAAAUAUUUUUCAGCGCCAUCUUGCCUCGUAACUUCUAAUUUGUCAGUGCCUGUGAAUGGACUUGUCAUAAGUGUUUUAUGUUAUUUUGUUUCUUAUUUCCGUUGAGAUUGUCGCACUAAAUUUCCAGUAUACGUGUUACGUUUAAUAACAAGGCUUUUUUGAAGGAAAAUUUGAAUCCUCCUAUCUAUCAAUUCUAGGAUUUUAUUGUGAUUUGGGAGUUUUCUAUAUUUGUGGACAAGAACUAGCUUCAUCAACGACCCCAGCCAUAUUUCAUAUGCCAACAAUGGCUAUGCAGAAGUGGUAAUUUUUUAGAUGAGAAGACAAGGUCAAGACGUCAUGCAGGUGAAUUUGGCAGGUAUCAGGCGAGAUAUUGUUAAUCUUGCCCAUAACUAUAGCAAUGCUCAGAAAGCUGUACGCAAAGCCACCAGUAAUGAUCCUUGGGGUCCAAGCAGUACUCUUAUGGCAGAAAUUGCUGAUUUAACAUAUAAUGUUGUGGCUUUUACUGAGAUUAUGCAAAUGUUAUGGAAAAGAUUAAAUGAUCAUGGUAAAAAUUGGCGACAUGUGUACAAAGCUUUAGUUCUUCUAGAAUAUCUCAUUAAAACAGGCACUGAAAAAGUUGCACAGCAGUGUAAAGAAAAUAUUUUUGCCAUUGAGACUUUAAAAGAUUUCCAAUAUAUGGAAGGAUCUAAGGAUCAAGGAGUCAAUGUUAGAGAAAAAGCUAAGCAACUAGUGGCCUUAUUAAAAGACGAUGAAAGAUUAAGAAAUGAAAGAGCUAGAGCAUUGAAAGCAAAAGAAAGAUUUGCACAAUCAGUUAGUGGGUUUGGUAGUGAUGGAUUAGACACUAUGUCACCUGUAAGCAGUGAUUUUCAGGAUUGGGAACCAUGUCGCUUGGGAUCUGAAACUACAACUAGACGUACGACUGAAUUAGAAGCUGCAAGACCACAAACAGUAGGUGAAGAGGAAUUACAGUUACAAUUAGCUUUGGCAAUGUCAAGAGAAGAGGCAGAACAAGAAGAACAAAGAAGACGUAGUGAUGAUGUCAGAUUGCAAUUAGCUCUUAGUCAAAGUCAGCAAGAUUUUAAAGCGCCGCAAACUGAGAAACAAAGUCACAUGCUAGAUUUAUUGGAUGUAAACUUAGAAGAAGCAUGCGGAUAUAAUGUAAAAACCGAUCCUUGGGGUAUACCAAUUACACCGCCUCCGCCCAGACCUCAAUCUUUGGAUUUAUCUCAGUUUUAUCUGUAUAAGCCACAAAACGAUCCGUGGACCGUUCCUACGACAAGCAGUACGUCACCUGCAAUAGAUCCAUGGACUCCCGUCUCAUCGCAAAGACCAACUGCUGCAGUUGAUCCGUGGCGAGCACCUCCAUCAUCACCCGUAACAGUUACAACUUCACCAAACACGGAUCCUUGGUCGCCAGUACCUUCUACUACCACUGCUACUAUUGAUGCUGAUACAAAUAAAAAAUCGAUCAAUCGAGAAGGUAUGACAUCUACUUCUCCAUCUUUUAACAAUCCUACCUUAACACAAAAUAUUGGUUUUGCGGCACAAUCGCCGCAGAAUAUAGGCUUUAAUUUGCCUACAACUUCAAGCGCUACAUUCAAUACAACUAGUAACGAUUUCAACGGUACUGGUCCUAGUCUUAACAAUUUCUCCAUUGGAAAUCAAAAUAGUUCUGCAACCAGUCCAUUGAGCGAUUUAGAUGAAUUUGAUGUAAUUACUAACAGGAAUAAGCCUGCAGGAUCUAGUCUGCAAACUACGAAUAACGUAAAUACAGUGUCGCCAGAUCCGUUUGAUUUAGGGAGCAUAGCGGAAACUCUUCCCACUAGUACUGGAGCUGUUAAAAAAACACCACAGUCGUUCCUCGGAGAAAACUCUGCUCUUGUUAAUCUUGAUAAUCUUGUCAGUACCUCUGCGAUCAAAUCAACAACACCCACACCUGCAGCGACCAUGUCAUACUCGGCAAAUCCGUUUGCGACGGCAACACCACCGCCCCGUCCUACAAUUAAUCAGAUUCGACAAGAUCCUUGGGCAGCGAAUACAACUACUACAGCGAAUCCGUUCCUCUCGUAACUUGGUGACUAUUGUCGAAGGUGUCAGUCGAAAAUCAAGAGCACUGUGGUCUAAAAAGUAUUCGAGAUUUUUAGCGGUAACCCUGUACGGUAUAAGUUUCUUGCUCUUUAUGAAGUUACUUUAUUUCAAGAUAACAAAUAACAAAUGGAUAACAAACAGUGUCGAAUCAAAGUAAAGUAUUUGAACAUUUUAGUCUUACUUUUCCAAUCUUUGGUAACAAAUAAAGACUUGAAAAUGUCUAAUUUGCUUAAUCUGUUUGGACUGAUGCUGGAUAAUGCAACUAUGUCCAUAAAAACAUAGCUGACAUUGAUAUUUAUUUCAACGUGAUAAUUGAGAAAAAUUUACAAAAUAUUUCUCUACAUAUUUUUCUUCACUGUGCAAAAAUAUUUGUGUCUACUAUAAUUUUACUAUUUGUAUUUUAUUGCAUACUAACGAUGAAGGAGGAACUAUCUGAAAAGAGAAGGUAAUAUAUAAUAAAUGAAAUAUAAGGUUACAAGAGUAGUGACUUCGAUAUCAAACAUUUAAGCGGUCCCAAGGUAUAAGAAAUUUUAUAAAGACUUUUUCCAUUUGUAGUAUAUUUUUUAAGUGCAACUCGAAUUGGUCAUAGGAAAUCAUUGACUAAAAUUUUCAUUGUGCUGUAGACUAUAAAAUAACAUUGAUAUCACGAUCAUUUCCUUUAUUUUGUAUUUAUAUACUGCUUUUCUACAGCUAACGAGAUCGUGAGACUGUAAUCGUGAUUUGCAGAAGUAUAUUAUAUCGAACAGGGUUCUUCAAUUUAUGUUAUACGCUUAAUAUGACGUGCAUUGUGGUUCGUGAAAAUAUUGGUGUCAUAGCAUGCCUUUUAUACUCAUCUUGCAAAAAGAGAUAUGUAUUCUAACAACACAAUGUCUUUUGCUAAUUGAUUACUUGAUUGAAUAUCUUGAUUUAUUUGCAGAUGAGACAGUUGUGCAGUUUUAUGGCUGCAAAAGUAAUUAUAUCAUCUUCUAAUAUUGUUAAAGUACAUACGUAUAUACAAUUUGAAUUUAGUUGUGAAAUUUUAACCGUUUGGUUUGAAUAAUCACCGAAAAUAUUUGCAUAGGCUUCGUGCACCGCAGAAAACCAAACACAGCUGUAGCUAAUAUGCAUUUUCCUGUUAAUGAUAAAUCAGUGCGUUUUACUGUUUUACGAGGACUUUCGCAAAAUCUUAUGUUGGUUUCUGUAGGUGUUUUAGAAACUUUUCAAAGAAAAUGUCUAACGCGGUGUCUUUAUUUCUUCGACUGUCAAAUUUAAUGAACCAACAUGAUCUGAUAAUGAAGAAUAAUGUAAAGUGCAUUAGCUUUCUUUGUACGUGACAACAAUUUACAAUUGUACCUUGAUUUAUAUAAAAAGAAAAAAGAAAAUUGUAAAUAUGUUAUAAUAGCAUAUCGUUCCCCAAUUGUCAAGUCUUUUACGUGUAGAAUAUUCUAAAUAAAACCCGAAACUGUUUUUUAACGUCUUAGUUAUUAUAGUCUUUGAGGAAAUUGUUGCCGGGUUUAUUGUUUUAUAUGUUAUGAAUAUCUUUCACAUCGACGACUAUCGCUGCAAUUCCAUAAAAUAAAAAUAACUUCCUUAAGAUGAUAAUAAUAUAUUUAUUAACAAUUUUUUAAAAAGAAAGCUACAUUGCUGGUAGUCGUAUUGUCAAUCGGCAUUCCCUUUUUAAGAAUAUUCAUGCAUUUUACAAUUUUUACAAUUUUUACAAAGAAACGGUUUCGUACAUUUAACGAUUGACAAAGGGGAACUAUAUUUGUCUGCUUAUCCUAAGUAAAUUAGAUAUGAGUUGCAAAAUUAAAAUUUUGUUGAGUAAUUAUCGCUUAAAUAAUUCCAUUGUAUUAUUCUUAAUUAAAUUAAUAAUUUUAUUUCAUUAUGCAUUUUCAACAUACUUGCUUAUAUGAUUGAAAUUGUAUAUUUAACGCAUAUGUAUCCAGAUGUUCGCGAAAUGAUGAAGUUAGAAUUAUAUGGUAAAAUUUAAUCUCACUUAAUUCAGGAUUUGAAAGAAGCAUCGACUCAAUGAUCUGUAGUCACUGCUUUUGUA